GGCUGAACCUACGACAUCAAGGGGGAGUAACAACAUGGCUACACCAGAGGAAAUGCCCCACAGAAAUAGGAAAGGCUGCUGAAAAAUGGACUCUGACUCGCUGGACGGCUGCAUCCAGAGCACCCUCUCCGUGCUGUACCCGCCCUUCCAGGCCACCGCCGGCACCGCGCUGUGCCAGGUGUUCGCCGUGGUGGAACGGGCGUACGGCGGUGACGGCCUCCGCUACCUGUUCAACUUCCUGAUCCCAGCCAAGCGCGUCCUCCAGCGGAUUCAGCAGGAUGCCUGUUACCCAUUCUGCGGCUUCCUAUUCCGCUUCGAAGGCUGGCCCCUGUGCCUGCACGACAAGAUUCUAAUCCAGCUGUCUCCCCUGGACGGACGUGUGCUGCAGCCUGGAGACUUCUACCUGCAGGUGGCGCCCUCCCAAAAGAGUAACCCCUGCGUGCUGGUGAAGUAUCUAUCCGCUGAUAGACAGGAUGUGGAGGAGUUGGAGGUGCCGGAGAUAGCCCAGGCCUCCAUCUUCACCAUGGACUGGCUGGACUCUGUGAACGGGCAGCGGAGCGGGCCUCGGCUGCAGUGCUGCCUUCUCGCCACGGACAGGGACGUGUUCCGCAUGCCCUGGGAGGACGUGGUGCGCCCCGAGUACGUCAGCAGGCCGGAGCGGGUGGAGCACACGGCCGCGGUGGGGGAAGUCGGGGGCGAGGGGGUGGCUCCAAGUCGGGUGCAGGAGAGCCAGCCCUCAAGAAGAAGGAACGCUGGCCUCUUGGCAAAUAGCCAUAGCUUAACAAAUGAUGAGGCCAUGCUAGGUGAGGACAGUCCGAAGCAGGGCAUCAGGAUCCCUGUACUGGGACAGUUGCGUGGGCACAGCCCCCUGGAUGACUCAGACCUCGAGGGGGAGUACGUGGAGCUGGCCGACAUCUCGCUUCCUCGCUUCUUCCCCCAGAAGGGCUCCUUGACCCAGUCCAUUAGCCUGAACUACAGGAACAAAAACAAGGCCAGGACUAACAGCCACACAGAGAACAACAACGCAAACGCAAAUGCAAAUUCCCCUUUCAAAAGCAAAGCCUGCUCUCAGACCAUGGUCUGCACAAAGCUCAUAGAAAGCCUGGAGAACUCCUACCACCCUGUUAUCCUAACUGCUUCUACCGCACCGACCACGGGCAGGACCACGGCAUCAAACAACUCCAUGUUGAGCCACCUGGCAGGUACAACCUCUGAGAUUGCCGAAGCCAUGCCCGAUGUGGAAUCUGUUCUCGAGCUUCCUGAAUCCGAGGUUCCCAAUUCGCAUGAUUUGCACAGUAGCACCCUCAGUCACCAGACAGACAGCGCUGUUGUUCCUUCACAACUGACUGAUGAUGUACUGAGUUAUGACAGCAGCCCUGUGGCUGGGGACCGGUGCAGGAAUGGUCUACCUGGGGAGGAGGAAGUUGAAGAGGGCCGGCGUGGCGAGUUCCUAAGUAGGGCAGAAGAAACGUGGAGCCAUAUCGCUGGCAGCCAUGGUAGCAGUGUUGGCAGGGAAGAAGACUCUGAGUAUGCAGAUGCAAAUGAGCUGACAGGGGGCAUUAAGGGUGAGGACCAGGGGGAGCCCACCUCUAGACCACAACAAAGCAUUUUGGGUACCCUUAUCCUCUCCCCUACACCUCACCAAGACACUCCCAGUAAUUUACUCCCCUCCUCUACCCUAAACCAGGACACUGCCAAUAGUAUACACCCUUCCUGUAGCCCACAACAAAAUACUCCAGAUUCUUUACACUCAUCCUCUACCCCACACAAUCAUACUCCUGAUUUGUUACACUCCUCCUCUACCCCGCACAAUCAUACGCCUGAUUCUUUACACUCCUCCUCUACCCCACACAAUCAUACUCCUGAUUCUUUACACUCUUUUACCCCACACAAUCAUACUCCUGAUUCUUUACAUCCCUCUCCUACCCCACACAAUCAUACUCCUGAUUCUUUACACUCCUCUCCUACCCCACACAAUCAUACUCCUGAUUCUUUACACUCCUCCUCUACCCCACACCAGAACUCUCCUCUUACUUCCUCACCUUCAUCUACUCAGCAUCAAAACAUUCACAACACUUUGCCCCCUGUGUCAUGCAGUGACAUGAGCGAUUGUCCACCCCUCUCUCCCACACUCCACUGUGACCCUCCUGAUAAUAUUUCACCUCCCUCCUCCCUUCAACAUCAAAACCCUUCUGACACUCAUUCUUUAUACCCGUCUUCUACUCCCACUUCUGAUAUUUCGAUUCUCUCCCCUACUCUGCAGCAGAUCUGUACCAAUACUCCUCUCUCCAUUCCUACUCCUAGCCUAAACUCUACCCGUGUGUCACCACCCUCUCCUACUCUGCACCAGGACAAUCCUGAGAUUCUGUCUGCCUAUCCAGUCCCAGGUCAAAAUGAGAAACCCACUUUCCCUCCUCUGCAACAAAACCUUAAUGCUUGCAUACCCAUUACUGUUGCUCUGCAACAAAACCCUCUCGGUAAUUCAGGCUCAUCCCCUACCCUCCUCCAAAAUACUCUUGAGUCAAGCCCUCCUGACUUAACAGUUCUUUGCCCUGCCCCAGACAAAAACCCUCUCACAAAAAACAUUCCUGAUUAUGCUGUCCUGACCCCUCCACCAACAGAUGCCCUGUUGGAGGAGGGUAAUAUCUUGUCGAGUUCAGACAAUGUCCGACUUUCAGGGACAGAAAAAGGAGAGGAUCUUAUAAAUGGAAGUGACAUGAGACCAUUGGGCACUCCCAGGUUUGUGGGCUCUUCAGCUCAACAGGGCGAGGGCCCUUUUGAUGAAGAGGGCCGGGUGGAUGCGCAGGAAGAGGGCCUGGUGGGUGAGCAGGGGGAGGGCCUGAUGAAUGAGGAAGGGAAGGGCCUGGUGUAUGAGCAGUGGGAGCACAUGGUGGAUGGAAAUGCUGAGGGCCUGGUGGAGGAGGAGGAGGGCCUGAUGAGUGAGCAAGGGAAGGGCCUGGUGGGUGAGCAGGGGGAGGGUCUGGUGGGUGAGCAGGGAAAGGGUCUGGUGGAUGAGGCAGAGGAGGGCCUGCUGAAUGAGGAGGAGGGUCUGGUGAGUGAGCAGGGGGAGGACCUUGUGGAUAAGACGGAGGGCCUGGUGGGUGAGCAGAGAAAGGGUCUGGGGGAUGAGGCAGAGGAGGGCCUGCUGAAUGAGGAGGAGGGCCUGAUGAGUGAGUGGGUGGAGGACCUGGUGGGUGAGCAGGGGGAGGGCCUGGUGGGUGAACAGGGAAAGGGUCUGGUGGAUGAGGCAGAGGAGAGCCUGCUGAAUGAGGAGGAAGGUCUGGUGAGUGAGCAGGGGGAGGACCUGGUGGGUGAGCAGGGAAAGGGUCUGGGGGAUGAGGCAGAGGAGGGCCUGCUGAAUGAGGAGGAGGGUCUGGUGAGUGAGAGGGUGGAGGACCUGGUGGAUGAGCAGGGGGAGGGCCUGGUGGGUGAGCAGGGAAAGGGUCUGGGGGAUGAGGCAGAGGAGGGCCUGCUGAAUGAGGAGGAGGGUCUGGUGAGUGAGAGGGUGGAGGACCUGGUGGGUGAGCAGGGGGAGGGCCUGGUGGGUGAGCAGGGAAAGGGUCUGGGGGAUGAGGCAGAGGAGGGCCUGCUGAAUGAGGAGGAGGGCCUGAUGAGUGAGCGGGUGGAGGACCUGGUGGGUGAGCAGGGGGAGGGCCUGGUGGGUGAGCAGGGAAAGGGCCUGGGGGAUGAGGCAGAGGAGGGCCUGCUGAAUGAGGAGGAGGGCCUGAUGAGUGAGCGGGUGGAGGACCUGGUGGGUGAGCAGGGGGAGGGCCUGGUGGAUGAGCAGGGAAAGGGUCUGGGGGAUGAGGCAGAGGAGGGCCUGCUGAAUGAGGAGGAGGGCCUGGUGGGUGAGCAGGGGGAGGACCUGGUGGGUGGGCAGGGGGAGCACAUGGUGGAUGAAAAUGCUGAGGGCCUGGUGGGUGAGAAUUGUGAGGGCCUGGUGAAGGAGGGCCUGAUGAGUGAGCAAGGGAAGGGCCUGGUGAAUGAGGAGCGGAAGGGUCUGGGGGAUGAGGCAGGGGAGGACCUGCUGAAUGAGGAGGAGGACCUGGUGGGUGAGCAGGGUGAGGACCUGGUGGAUGAGCAGGGGGAGGACCUGGUGGAUGAGCAGGGGGAGGGUCUGGUGAAUGAGGAGCGGAAGGGUCUGGGGGAUGAGGCAGAGGAGGGCCUGCUGAAUGAGGAGGAGGGCCUGAUGAGUGAGCAGGGGGAGGGCCUGGUGGGUGAACAGGGGGAAGGCUCGAUCAGUGCGGAGAGCAUCAGGAAGGCAUCAGAUGGCACAGAACAACAGCGUGUGGAGCACAAGGUGGAGGAGGGUAGGGAAACUCGGGUGCCUGUUGAAGUCGUGGCUGCAGUGGGGAGAGUAGAGGAGCAACAGAUACUUUCUUCAGAAAUGGCACCACAGCCUGAGGGAGCAGCACCAGCAGCACCUCCGGAGGCAGGCAGCUCUGCCACUGCAGCAGCCAAGGGUGCGGUUCUUCUGGGCUGCUGGCAGAAAGAGAAAGAGGAGGGAACGGAGACUGGGAGCCAACCACAGGGAGCGACCGUAAUAGAGGCGGGCUCAGAAUUUUGUCAGCCAAUAGCAUUGGCAAGAGAGAGUGCAGAAGACAGCCAGGAGGCUGUUAACAGCAGUGCCCCGGGUGCCAAGGUGGGACUAAGGCAUGGCACGGCCCCUGUGGGCAGGGCUGAAGCUGCUCUGAACGGCUCACACGCCCCGUGCAUGCAGAUGAGCCCCAGCCAGGCUCACAGCCACGCUGCGCAUGCGGCGGAUGCAGGCGAGCGGAGGCAAGAGGAUGACGGCCUGGGCGAAGAGCGGAUUCAGAGGGCGGAGGAGAAGAGCAGCGAGCCUCGGACACCUUCCAGCUCGAACGCCCCCUCUGUAGGGAAACUCCACGGCCCACCCAUGGACGCCCACCGGCAAGGCCCAGACCUGGGGGAAGGGGUGAGUCCAGUGCCUGGCCUCCCAUCCCUGGGGGAGCAGGCUGGGGCAGAUGCCACUGAAAAGCAGCAGGACUCUCUUUGCCUCCUGCCAAGGUCUUCAGAGGCCCAGCCCCUGCUCUCCCAGCCCCACGACAUCAACACAGAGGUGCUGGGCUCUGGCGUGCUCUCUCUACCUGGCACAAGAGACAAAUAUGGGCGUGCCCUGGUUACCGUGACUACUAGGAAUACGAUUUGGUUGAACCCAAGCUGCAACGCCAGUGAGCUGGCACGGAUUGUCGUCUACUUCUACGCCAUCCUCAGGAAGGAGGUCCGAUCCCUGGGUAUGACAGUUUUGGUGGAUGCGCGCAGAUGUUCGCCCGUUCCUGCCCUUUUCAAAGCAUUUAGUAUCGCACAGGAUGCUGUGCCAAAAUGUAUUCACACCCUCCUGCUGUUGGCUGACAGAGACGUCAACUGCAGAAUGGAGAACCCCUCCUCAGUCCAGUUUGAGCUCCUCACCUCCCUCAAGUCUCUCCAUAAACACGUGGACAUGAGCCAACUGCCCACUGAGUUUGAUGGCACCUUCCCCUUCUCCCAUGGAAGCUGGAUCAAUUUCAGAAUGAGAGUGGAGCAGUUGACCAGUAGCUGUCAGGAUGCUGUCUCCCUCCUCAAGGGCACCAUCUCCAGCCUGGAGUCCACCCUGCUGCCCACAACUGCGGAGGAGGCCCGGCUGCGGCUGUUCCGGUACCAGACCCAGAUGCGCAGCGUGCUGGAGGACAGCCGGCUGGUGCGGCUGCAGAUGCAGGGCGGGGCCACCCUGUCACGCCUCCGCAAGGAGGAGUCCAGCGUCAGCCUCACAGAGGACUACAGGGAUGCCGUCGAGACGGUCAGCCAGCUGUACAACCGGGUGGACGAGCUGGUGCACACCUUGGUGAUGCUUUCCAACAGGUGCACACAGGAGCUGGAGUUUAUCAUGGAGUUCAAGACCCUGGAGGAAGGCUUCACUGAGGUGAGAGGCUGGAUCGAGGAGGUCGGGGAGAGGCGUCUGAAGACGCUCAGUGAGCUGGAGGACUCCCUGGAAGAGCUCCACCAGAAACAAGCCCACUUCAGAGAUUUCUACUCCGCCGCAUACGAGCACUGUAAGAGUGGGGAGGCCCUGCUGAAGAGGCUGGAGAGGUGGGAGGAUGUGUCCUCGGCCCAGCUGCAGGUGUACGAGGUGAAGGUGCGCUCAUUUUGGGUGCACCUCCGCGACUUCUCCCAGAGAGUGGAGGACACCAAGGACAAGAUCGACAAGACCGUGAAGCUCUAUGAGUUCUUCGACAAGGCGUACGAGUGGGCGCUGGAGGGAAUGCGCCACCUGGCGUGCAUAGGCGUGGAGGACUGCAGCUCACCCGAGAGGUGCCAGGCCAUAGUCAAGUGCCUGGAGGGCUACCGCCGGCAGUGCCCGGGCAUCCCGGACGCCCGCUUCCAGGAGAUGAAGGAGCUGGCGGCGGAGCUGAAGAGCGAGAAGGGGCUGAAGCAGUGGAGGUUCGCCUGGGCCAAGUGCCAGGAGACCAAGCAGAUGUUUGAGAAGAAGCUGGAGGCGGCCAUGCGGGCGCGCCGGCCCGGCGGCCUGGCGGAGGGAGGCAGGGACGGCCGAGCGCCCGGGAACCUCCCGCAAGCCGCCGACCACGGGCGGAGCCGCAGCGUGUCCUCCCCCUGCAGGAGGGUGUUCUCCGGGGGCUGGGGGGGGAGGGAGAGGCCCCCCUGCAGCCCAAAAACCCGCGUCCCGGAGCCCGCCGACUUUAGGACCUCCCCCGCGAACUGCCUCGGCCCGGACGGCCGGGCCCCGCCGGCGCCGGGCUCCCACCGGCUGACCCGGAGCACCUCCACCGAGGAGGCUCCGCACCGGGUGCGGCUGGAGGCCCAGUCCAGGGCGGCGCCGAGCCACUACAGCCCCAGGGCUCCCGCGUCUGAGCCCGGCCGCCGCUCGCUGAGGAAGACCCAGAGCUUCGACGCGCCCGUGGACUCCGCCCGGUACGGGUCCUGCCAGCGCACCCUGAGCGAGCCGUCCAGACGAGGCCACACCGGCGUCUUCAUCAAAGGCCUGGAGGUCAGCAGCACGGAGGUGGGGGAGCGAGGCCUGAGCCCCCAUCUGCCCCCCCAGGGCUGGGCCCCCACAGACAUCCUCAGGAACAGCACCCCGAUUCCAGAGACCAGGGCCAAGGGCAGCAGCAAGCUGCGGCACAUCGCGGACGAGAUGGUGACGACGGAGCGGGAGUACGUGCGCUCCCUGCGCUACAUCAUCAGCCACUACUUCCCCGAGAUGGAGCGGCCCGACCUGCCCCAGGACCUGCGGGGCAAGCGCAGCGUCAUCUUCGGCAACCUGGAGAAGCUGGUGGACUUCCACAGCCAGUACUUCCUCCAGGAGCUGGAGAGCUGCUCCAACCACCCGCUGCGCAUCAGCCACUGCUUCCUCCGACAUCAAGACCAGUUUGGGCUGUACGCCCUGUACAGCAAGAACAAGCCAAAGUCAGACGCCCUGUUGGCCAGCCAUGGGAACACGUUCUUCAGGGACAAGCAGCUGGAGCUGGAGGAUAAGAUGGACCUGGCCUCCUACCUGCUGAAGCCCAUCCAGCGCAUGAGCAAGUAUGCCCUGCUGCUGAAGGACCUGAUCCGGGAGGCGAGCGAGACCCAGGAGCAGGAGCUGGCCUACCUGACCGCCGCCGCGGAGAUGGUCAAGUUCCAGCUCCGCCAUGGCAACGACCUGCUCGCCAUGGACGCCAUCCGCGACUGCGACGUCAAUCUGAAGGAGCAGGGGCACUUGGUAAGGCAGGGCGAGUUUACGGUCUGGUCCGGGAGGAGGAAGUGCCAGAGGCAUGUGUUCCUGUUCGAGGACCUGGUGCUCUUCAGCAAGCCAAAGAAAAUCGAGGGAGGACUAGAUGUCUACAUCUACAAGCAUUCAUUUAAGACCGCUGACGUGGGGAUGACGGAAUCCUCAGGUGACAGCGGACUGCGCUUUGAAAUCUGGUUCCGGAGGAGGACUUCCAAAAACCAGACGUCGGUGCUGCAGGCCAGCAGCACUGAGACCAAACGGGCCUGGACCUCCGACAUCGCCAGGAUCCUGUGGCAGCAGGCCACCAGAAAUAAAGAAAUUCGAAUGCAGGAGAUGGUAUCCAUGGGUGUGGGGAACAAACCUUUCCUGGAUAUAAAACCAAGUGAUGCUGCUAUCAAUGACAGGGCCAUAGACUACAUCAUGAAGGGAAGAGGAGCUCGGACGCGAGCAUCGAUAGCGGUGUCUCUGUUCGACCACUCCGAUCCCUUCAAGAGGACAGCGGUGAGCGGGCCCCUGACGGCUGGUGGGCCCCCGUCCUCGUCCCUGCUGGGGCCCCUGAACCUGCACGUGUACGGCAGCCAGGCCCUGCUGCCCGGGGAGCGGCCCUUCACCAGCCCCUGCCUGGAGGAGGAUGAGCUGGAGCACGAGACCAGCAGCCAGCCCUCCAUGACCACGGAGAGCUCCGAGUCGUCCUCACACUGCAUGUCGGGCAGCGGCUCCAGCGGCUCGGACAGCGGCUGCGUCUCCAGCCACCUCCCGGAGGCCCUGUCCGAGGAGCCCGGCUCGCCCUGCCACCCGCCCUGCUACUCUGCCCUCACCUCUCCCCUGGAGGACAAGCCCCGCUUCAACAGCCAGUACAUCUCUGCCGUUUAAUAUCCAGCGGCUCUCCAGAAGACAGCAAUGCCUCUUGAGAAGAAAGUAUUUAUUGAACAUUGUGCCAGCAGAUCUCAUCUACAGCGGACACUGAAUGAGUGGGGACACAGCACUGUUUAAAAAAGCCACUUUUCGAGCACAACUUUUUUUUAUUGUUUUCAAAAAAUUGAUUUAAAUAUUUGUAUAUUUAUCUUUUUCAAACGCACCAGUGCAGUAGUGUGCUGUACUAUAUUGAAAACUGUAAAUAAUUAUUUUAGUACCUUACAAUGCAGUUAUAAACUGUCCUUUUCUGUUGACCAUUUUGCUGCAGACAGCCGUUAAAACAGCAGAAAUGUAUGUAGCUUCAAAAGAAAAGGUAUUUCCAAAUUGGAGAAAGAGAGGGUACAGGAGUACACCUCCAAGUUUAAAAAGCUACUUGCCUUUCUUUUCUUUUUGUCUUCACACGAUGGCUGUAUUACAUCCUUGUUGAACUGACCCAUGGUCAAAUUUGCUGUGAUGGCAUUACUCUGUGCGUACAGCUACAUAGUUCCCAAUACCUGUAUGUCGGUCUAGUGGCGGUAAAAAUCCAAUUCUUAAGCUGAAGCAGGCAGGCUGUUAACUUAAUUCUGCUGGUUAAGGAGAAGCAGGCGGGCUGUUAACUGCAGGUUUUCCGAGGUGGUCAUCAGCCACUCGCCCGUCAUUCCAGCCUUGCUCCGCACUGCCCAGUGGCAUUGCUGCGAGUCCACUGGCCUCUUCCAGAGGUGAGAGCCAAGUGUUCAACAUUACUCUGUUGUUAUUGUUAAAAAAAAGACAAAAAUGUACAUUAUUUGUAAAUAGUUUGGGACAGCAAUGCUCUGUGGUUCUAGUUUCUUAAAGAAUAGGGAAAGACAUUUGUGAUAACUUUGAACGUUGUUUGAUAUCUUUGUAUUAACCAGCACAGCAGACAGUCACUGAAGUGCUAUUCUUAACUUGUAAAAAGAAAAAUCAUUUGUAGCUGGAGCAUGAAUGUUUACCCAAGUCCCAUGAUACUUUAAUCCUAACAAGUUCACAAGUAUUUAAUAAAGAUGGAUAGUCUUGUAUCCAAAAUGAAAGCCUG